AGGUCUGCGCGACUUUUCAGUCGCACCCUAGUAGUGUAGUGACCACUGACCAGACACGUGUCCCCGCACACCUGCAGCUGCUGCUGCGUGUAUUGCACAACGGGCGGCCCCGUCAGCAGCAAUUACACACACGGAGAGAUGACACGCCUAGGAAAGGGCUGGGCAGGACGGGUGACACCGGGCAGGAGGAGGGGAGCGCCACUUGGGGCGCUGACGUCAGGGAGCGGAGCUUUAUAGAGCUGAGAGCGCGACAGCUCAGCGCUGCCUGUUACAUUACUAGUGUACCUGGAUGGGCACUGCCAGCAGGGAGAGGUCCCACGCUGUUCCUUCUCUUCCCAGCAGCAGCGACCGGAUCACUGGCACCUUCCCCAGCCAUGGAGCCUGCUCCGGUAUAGAAUCCUCGUAGCACAGCGGCUCUGUUCUGGGCAUCUAUGUAAGGAAUACUGACACGGCGAAGCAGGAUCACCUUAUUCAUGCUUGAAUAGACCUACGGAGCACUGUCCUGCCGACGGACUCCAAGCUCCAGAUGUUUGUCAUGGCCUCCAUACUACUUGGUGCGUCUCUUCUUUUCAUUCAGCCUCAACUGGUGCCUUCUCGACCAACCUCCUUUGAAAAGAUCUAUACCACCCCCCCUCCGGUUCAUGAACUUAAGAGCAUUCUUCAUCCAAAUGGUACUCACCAGCACCUACCACACUUGAUUAUCAUUGGCGUACGUAAAGGUGGAACCAGGGCUCUGUUGGAAAUGCUUAGCCUCCAUUCAGAAAUCUCUGCGGCGGAGAGUGAAAUCCAUUUCUUUGACUGGGAAGAUCAGUAUGGAAAAGGUCUACAGUGGUAUGCAAGCCAGAUGCCGUUCUCCUACCCACACCAGCUCACCGUGGAGAAAACACCAGCGUAUUUUACUUCACGUGGUGUUCCAGAGCGAGUUCACAGUAUGAACAGCACUAUCAGGCUAUUGCUAAUCCUAAGAGACCCUAUUGAGAGAGUUUUAUCGGAUUACACCCAAGUGUAUUAUAAUCACAAACAGAAAAAUAAGACUUAUCCAGCCGUGGAAGAAUUGCUUUUAAGAAACGGAGAACUUAAUACGGACUACAAGGCGAUAAACAAGAGCUUGUAUUACAACUAUAUGGUUAACUGGUUGAAGUAUUUCCCACCUCAAAAUAUUCAUAUUGUUGAUGGAGAUUAUUUAAUUAAGGAGCCCUUCCCGGAAAUGCAGAAGGUUGAGCGGUUUCUGAAUCUUUCACCUCAAAUAAAUGCGUCAAACUUUUACUUCAAUAAGACAAAAGGUUUUUACUGUUUACGGGACAGUGGGCGGGAACGCUGCUUACAUGAAUCCAAAGGAAGGCCCCACCCGCACAUAAGUUCUUACCUGCUGGGCAAACUGCGCACGUAUUUCUAUGAGCCCAAUAAAAAGUUCUUUGAGCUUGUUGGAAGGACAUUUGAUUGGCUGUGAAAGGAUUGAAUCGUAAAAUGUGACUCCAGGAAUGUUACAGAAGUGUCUACUACAAAAGAAGGAUAUUUAAGCUAUAAAUUAUUUGUAAAUCAGAUAUUCUGUACAGCACUAAAUAUUAGCUAGUUAUAUUUUUAUACUACUGAAACGUGUAAGAAAAAACUUUUUGUAUGAUUUUGAUGGUUAAUAAAAAAAAAAAGAAUUGGAAUAAA